UUCUGAGUACAUUUCAGCUGUUGGGUAACCCACGAUUGGAAAGGCAUUUCCUUCUCAGCGUCUCUGCCAUCAUUUCAGCAGGCCGGCCCGGUCCAGCGCACCCUUGACACGCCAACACAAUGACGAGUGAGCACCACAGUGAGGCAGUGGAACAUAGCGAGAGCGCCGAGGGUGCAGUGGAGGUGAGGCGAGAUGGCGUGAUUCGCUCUGUGCUGCGGGGCCUCUUCUGGCCGUUUGGCAUCGUGGUCCGUGCGUACCAUGGUUUUUGGUGGGUUAUGGGUUACAGGCAGCCCAAGCAAAAGACUGUCCAAAUCACCAGUCCUGCACGCCAGAGCCUAACGGGCCACAAGCGCCUGUACCCGGUCACCCGCUUGCUGUUAAACAUCCUUCCCCGCUGGCUGCAAGGUGCCCUGGGAUACCGUCUCUUUACAGGCAUCGGCCGCUCCCUCUCACCAGAAGUAAGAGUCUCUCCCACUAAACCAUGUGGAAAGGGCAGCAAGAGGAAGCAGGAUGAGUUGGAUGAUGACGACGACGAUGACGAGGAGGAAGAGGAGCAUCAAACCUGGGUGGAGGUGCUCAAUCAGGAGCUCGCUGAUGAAGGUCCUGAGGAGGAUCCUGAUUAUGAGCCCAGUUCUGUAGAGACGGACAGUGAAGAGUACCGCUCUCACAACAACACAGAGAGUGACAUAGAGAUUCAUGGGAAAGUGAUGGUCGUUAUUGAAGAUGUCAACACAGAUGCUGAGCUGCCCACACCUUAACCCCCUCCCCCGUCCUGAUGUGUUUAGUCUUUUGUAUAUUGAUGUCAUUUUUUCUAAUUUGAAAUAAAGGUUGUUGAA